AGAUUGCAGAGGAACUGAGAGGUAAUACCACUUGAACAUUUUCGUGAAUAAAAUUAUAUUAAACAAAGUGUUUUAAUUUGUCUAUAGAAUUUCGGUCUGGUAAAAUGUGAUUCGGUUGAGUAACAUUGAACCAUUUGUCCAGUAAGUACCAGAAGAACUUUUGAUGCACUGCUCCAGUGGCGGAUUUAGAGGGUGGGGGGGGGGGGGGGGGGGGGGAGGUUCCAACAGUCCUCCCACCUUUCGCCACAAAUUCAAAAAUAAUGCAAGUAAAAACUCACGAUUUCUCACCCAAAAUAGCUGAGUAUUUUGGCUAAAACUUUACUUUAACAACAACAACAACACCCCCCCCCCCCCCCCCCCCCCCCCCCCGGUCGAAAAUCCUAAAUCCGUCACUGAUUUAACAUAGAAGAAAAUGGGAACGGGAUUAAUUAAAGUCAUUUCAUCACAUAGAACAUGUGUCUGAAUUUUCAGCCAAUUUCAGACAUUCAAACUUGCGAUAUUUUAUAACUUACACACAGGAUUCUGUCUUACAAGAACGAAAAUGGGUUCAGAUUAAUCACUUCAAACCAUAUUGAAAGUGUACAAGUGUCAUAAAUGCUCAGAACAGUUGCCAUUAAAUCGGACUGCAUUCCAGUAACGAGGCAGAUGUCAAAUCCUUACAAUGUAUGGGUGCUGGUGCACCAGUCAGGACAAAUUGUGUCUGGAGGUUGUAUCUGUGUUGCGCAAGUUUUUGUGUUGUUUCAAAUUUGGUUCCAAUUUUGUCAUAUAUUAGAAAUAGAUUAUAAUUAUUACUGCUAAGCAAAAAUAUAUGGUAAAAGUAUCACAUCAUGUCAGAUAUCAUUCCCAUUGUGGUAUCAUGUCAUCCAAUCAUCAACAUAUAUUUGAUUUUUCAUGUUUUUGUAUAUCGUAAUUUCUCAUUCCCCAACAGCUGUUUAGUUCCUUUCGUUUUUGUAGUAACUGUUGUUGAUCAUUUUGCAAAUUGUCUUGAUAUUUCAAAGCUGGCAUUUUUGUACUCUACUACUACUUUUGUAAUCGAAAGUAGUAAUCGCUGGGCACAUCUCAUUUUGUUUUAAACAUGCUAUUUUCUAUUAAGGUAAUUCCCCAUACCGCGUCAAAUAACGUUAGAAGUGUUAUUCACAAGUCACGAACGUUAUCACACAUUCAACAAACCCGAUGGCAUUUUGGUGAAUUUUGUAGACCGUAUUAGGACUGAUUGUUUGAAAGCAAACACCAAAAAUUUAGAAUUAAAAACAACAACAUACGAAUCGCAAUAAUACAAACAAGCCAAUUCUAUACAAGACAACGCUCAGGAGAAAAAAUGCUUAAGUUAUAUGAUACAUCGCGAAGUCGUAAACUCUCCAUACACAUUGCGGUAUGACACACAUAUUUAUUUACAAAUAUAGCUUUCGAGGCCCUUCGAAUCCAUAAUAAAUGUGCAUAUACAUGUACAUAUUAUAUCUCUGUUGUGUCUAAUGAUUUCAGGGUGUUGAAUUUAGAUCAUACGCUGACAGAUUUGUCAUAUAUAUAGGCCCCAUCUCUAAGCCAAGGUGUCGUACGUUUGUGUUCUUGUAUGUACAGUAUGGAUCAUGGGUGUUGUAAUGUAAUUUUCCUUUUAAAGAUAAUAUCUAAAACACUUUUCUGGCCGGACAUGACCUUCACUGAUGUUUUCAUUAAAACGUCUCGGAAUGUACCCGGUAGUUACAUAUGUCAUUAACACUCACAACGCAUGGCUCUAUCGUAUCGUAUUAUUAAAAACUACCAGGAACAAAGAAAUACCAAGGGGGCAAGGAAUGCAGAAUUCAUGUGUUUUAAAAUAUUAUGAAUUUCCCAAAAUUUGUAACUUGAGCAUAGGUUAGCAUUCUCUGAAUGAACGUUAAAAAUGUAAAAAUCAUUCUGAUCUACAUCACUUUGUUCCAACUAGAUCUGACGACAUAAUCUUAUUUUUUCAUCUAUUGUGACGUCAUGUCAGUGUUCAUGUGAUGUAGGCUAAGCUCCAUAGUAAAGUUAGGAUUUUUCUAACUUCAAGCCCGAUCCCUAAAGCUUACGGCAAACAAUGAAAGUGGUUUUUAGUUAUUUGAAGCUUUAAUGCUUUAAACUGUUUUUCAAAAACUACCCUGUGAUAUUUCUUGAAAUGGUAAUUUAGUAAUGUAAAUGGUGAAUGAAACAUGUUUGCAGAGAUAGGAAUUUUAGACACCAUUUUCCAAUAUGCGUUUUUUCAAGGUUUUUAACCUAGAGGGGGUCAUUGGGCUCUCAAAUUAUCCGAUACCCUAUCUACUUCUUAGGUCAAAUGAUUGCUGGAGUGUAAAGGUAAAACAUAUUGAAAUGUUUUAAAAAAUCUGAAGGUUUUUGAAAACACAAAUUUCUGGAUGUCAAAAUUUGACUAAUAUACGUGCAUUUUCAUCACCUUGAAACCAAGAGCAUGGUUCAGUAAAAGAAAAAUUAUUGAAAACAGUCAAAUGCAAUACAUUUUCUUUAAUUCAUAUGAAAGAAACAUAUUUCUAUCGUUUAAAUAAAGACAGUGCCUUCAAAUGUAUGUAUAUUAAGACUGCUUGUUUUCAAUCUGACUAAAGUACAGACCUAUAUUAUUAUAUAUAUAAUAAUAUAGGUCUGUACUUUAGUCAGAUUGGCUUGUUUUAAAGUGAUGUGUUCUAUUUUUAGAAGUGGCUGUACUCUGGAAAAGGCCGCUGAACAUAUUUUUCUUCGGGAAUUUGGUCAAUAUACAUCCUCGACAAAAUACAUGCAAAUUUUGAUAGAAAUAUGUAGGUUUUUCAAUAUCAAGAUGUGGUAUGAGGAAUUACCUUAUGCAAUCUAUAAACAAAAACAUGGCACGAGUCUUGUUUACAUAACAAACAAUUGUGAGUGCUGUAUCUCACUUGUGACUCAAAAACUGAUAUUCUAAUUUUGGUUGACCAUUAGAAAUACUUUAAUUAAGCAUUGUAAACAAUAAAAAUGGCAAAAUAAAAUUUUCAGCUCGAUCGUGUCCAUGCCCAUUUAAGUGACAUUGAUCAAGGAAAAUUUUGAGACUAAAUGACGGUCUCACUUUCACAUGGUCUUACAGUUGACUUCAUGAUUAACUACUGACCUGAGGUGAUUUGUAUGAAUUUGGAAUUUUAUCAUUGUGGAUUUUAUAUUAACAUUGGCAUAAAAUUCCCUGUAUUCAAAUGCCACAAACUGACUAAUUAAAUGUAUUAUCUGACUUACAAAUUCAUUUAUAAUGUUAGUUUGUUUUUUGGUGGGUUUUUUUUUUUUUUUUUUCCAUUUUAUUAUUUUUUUUUUUUUACUUAGGGUGGUUAGCCUGGUGCACUGCCCUGGCCUUCCCAUGAAGGCCCGGGCACCAGGCUAAGGGGUGGUAUGAUAUAGACCUCUACUAUGAUUAUUACAUGGUUGUUGUUUUUUUAUUAGGGGGUGGUAUGGUAUAGAGCCCUACUAUUACUGUACUCCCCUAAAUAUUAUCGUACAAACAAAAUUACCGGUCAACCGCAGUUCUCGAGAUCUCUAAAAUUCGGAUCAAAAAUGGCUUUUAAACAAUUACAUAUGAAAUAUAAGCAAUGCUUUUUUAAAAUUCGUAACUUAGGUACUUUUGUCCAUUGUUUUGUGUACUUACACUUUCUUCUUUCACAAUCCAAUAAACUUUUUACUUUCAACUUCGCCGCUCCAGCAUUCGGAAUAUUUUUCACGAAGAUUUUCCGAAAAAUAGUUGACCAAUCACCAAAAGUAACACAAAGCGAGUACGGCCGAUAUGACAAGAUGGCGGAAGACGAAGCAAAGACAGUUGACAUGCCUAAAGAAAUACUGGCACCACCAGAGAAACCCAGAGAGGACAUGAUUUCAACUGCUGUUAAAUUCCUACAAAACCCUAAAGUUAGGACAAGUCCAUUGCAGCAAAGAAAGGCUUUCCUAGAAAGGAAAGGUCUUUCUAAAGAAGAGAUAGAUAUGGCAGUGGCAAGAUCAGGGGUUACAGAGGAGGUAACGCUGGCUGCUCCCAGUGCUCAGAACACAGUCAUCCCAUACAGUUCCUCUGUUCCUGGACCCCAAGUCUAUCAGCAACUGGCACCAUACAGUCGAUGGAGCAGAGUAAGAGAUGUCCUGUCUAUCAUUGCACUGGCUGGAGGACUUUCUUAUGCAGCGUACAGAUUCUACAAGGAAGUGAUUAGGCCAUUGUUAUUUGGAAAAUCAAAAGAAGAGGACAAACUGGAGAAAAUGGAUAGAACCAUCACUGAACUACAGCAAAGCAUCGUCACAACCCUGACCAAGGUGCAGGAGUCCUUAGCAGUGUUACAAGGCAUGGUCACCAAGCAGGAUGAAAACCUUCUGGCCAUAUCUCGUGAAGUGUACAACAAACAGUCAUCAGAGACACUGUCCAGAGUACAGGACUCACAGUUUUCCACAGAAAUCAAGUCAGAACUGACCUCCAUUAAAGGACUGCUCCUGAAUAGGCGCCAGUUUCCACCGACACCAUCUUCGACACCUGUUUUGCCUGCAUGGCAGCUUACUACAAGUUCCCCCGGUAUAACUACCCCAACAAAGACACUAGUGACACCUGGAGGAGAUGGGGAGAUUUCAGAGGAUGCACAUCUGAACAGUAAUGAAAAGGGCAAAUCAGAAGGAGAUCCGAAGCCAGUAGAAAUACAGUACAGUGCCACAAGUUUGGACGACAACUCCUCCCCAGAGAAGGCAUCACAGAACCUAGAAAUGAACUCUACAGAGGACAUUCCUGGGGGUCAAGAGGAGGACGAGGAAGUGGACUAAGUAUGGACAAUCUGUGAUAUACAUGAAGGAUUCAGUGUCAGACAAUUUUAUGGUCCCAUCAUGGUGUUUUGAUUGUGACAAUUUUUUGAUGCAUAUUUAGUUAUUGUUUUAAAUUGUGAGAUUUAAUACUAUAAUGUAAAUAAAUGUUAAUCAUUGAGAAA